AUGGCUGUAACCAACGGUCUCCGUAUUGCCGUGGGCGGAGACGACGCCGGCUUCGACUACAAGGCCACAAUCUCCAAGGACCUGGAAGCUGAUCCGCGUGUGAGCACAGUCGUAGACUUUGGUCCCAACUCUGCAACAGACAAGACAGCAUACGCGCACUUCGCUCUUGCCGCUGCCGAGGCCGUCGCCAGCGGCAAGGUCGACCGGGCCAUCCUCAUCUGCGGCACGGGGCUUGGGGUCGCCAUUUCAGCGAACAAAGUGCCUGGCGUCCGGGCAGUGACGGCGCACGACAGCUUUUCAGUAGAAAGAGCAGUCAAGAGCAACAAUGCGCAGGUGUUGUGUCUUGGUCAACGCGUUAUUGGGAUUGAGCUCGCGAGACGUUUGGUUGGUGAGUGGUUGGGAUACGAGUUUGAUCCCGCGUCUGCAUCAGCAGCAAAGGUGAAAGUCAUUGAUGACUAUGAUCUGAGGCAGUCGGGUGGGAUCAAGGCAUGA